AACACUGGAGGUCAAAGAUUGCACCCAGCCGUCCCCCUCCGGCCAUAAAGGGGAGCGGGUCACAGAGAGGCGGUGCAGAAGCGGGUUGGUCUGUGCUCCCCGCUCCUCGCCACACACACACCGGGAGGAUGAGGUCCGCCGUGGGCGCCCUGCUGGCCUGUGCUGCCCUGGGACUAUGUCUGGCUGUCCCUGACAAGACCGUAAAAUGGUGUGCAGUGUCAGAGCAUGAACACACCAAGUGUGUCAGUUUCCGUGACCACAUGAAAGCCGUCCUUCCAGCUGAUGGUCCCCAGCUUGCUUGUGUAAAGAAAACCUCCUAUACGGAUUGCAUCAAGGCCAUUUCAGCAAGUGAAGCAGAUGCUGUAACCUUGGAUGCCGGUUGGGUGUAUGAGGCAGGCCUGACUCCCAACAAUCUGAAGCCUGUGGCAGCAGAGAUCUAUGGGACACCUGAAAAACCACAAACCUCCUACUUGGCUGUGGCUGUGGUGAAGAAGGGCACAGGCUUCAACCUGAACGAGCUCCAAGGCAAGAAGUCCUGCCACACUGGCCUGGGCAGGUCUGCAGGGUGGAACAUCCCCAUCGGCUCACUUUUCUGUCAAUUUCCGGAGCCUCGCCAACCCAUUGAGAAGGCUGUGGCCAGUUUCUUCUCCGGCAGCUGUGUCCCCUGUGCAGAUCCGGUGGCCUUCCCCCAACUGUGUCAACUGUGUUCAGGCUGUGGCUGCUCCUCUGUUCAACCAUUCUUUGGCUAUACAGGCGCCUUCAAGUGUCUGAAAGAUGGAGGUGGGGAUGUGGCCUUUGUCAAGCAUACAACCAUAUUUGAGGUCCUGCCACAGAAGGUUGACAGGGACCAAUAUGAGUUGCUAUGUUCUGACAACACCCGCAAGCCAGUGGAUCAAUUUGAGCAGUGCUACCUAGCCCGGAUCCCUUCUCAUGCUGUUGUGGCUCGGACUGUGGAUGGCAAGGAGGACUUGAUCUGGGAGAUUCUCAAAGUGGCCCAGGAACAUUUUGGCAAAGGCAAAUCAAAAGAAUUCCAACUGUUCGACUCUCCUAUUGAGAAAGACCUGCUGUUUAAGAACUCUGCCAUCGGGCUAUUAAGGGUCCCCCCAAGAAUGGACUACAGGUUAUACCUUGGCCAUAACUAUGUCACUGCCAUUCGGCACCUCCGGGAAGGAAAAUGCCCAGAAGCCCCCAGCAGCAGUGCAGCAGUGAAAUGGUGUGCUCUGAGCCACCACGAGAGACUCAAGUGUGACGAAUGGAGCGUUAGCAGCGGAGGGCAAAUAGAGUGUGAAUCGGCAGAGACCACCGAGGACUGCAUUGACAAGAUUGUGAAUGGAGAGGCUGAUGCCAUGACCUUGGAUGGAGGAUAUGCCUACAUAGCAGGCCAGUGUGGGCUAGUGCCUGUUAUGGCAGAGAACUAUGAGAGUACUGACUGUAGAAGCCACGAACAAGGGUAUUACGCUGUGGCAGUGGUGAAGGCAUCGGACCCUGACAUCACCUGGGACAAUCUGAAAGGCAAGAAGUCCUGCCAUACUGCAGUGGACAGAACUGCUGGCUGGAACAUCCCCAUGGGCCUGUUGUACAGCAGGACAAAAAGCUGCAAGUUUGAUGAAUAUUUCAGUCAAGGCUGUGCUCCUGGAUAUGAGAAGAAUUCCACUCUCUGUGACCUGUGCAUUGGCCCGAACAAAUGUGCUCAGAACAACAAAGAGGGAUAUUUUGGCUACACAGGGGCUUUCAGGUGUCUCGUGGAGAAGGGAGAUGUGGCCUUUGUGAAACACCAGACUGUCCUGCAAAACACUGAAGGAAAAAACCCUGAUGCGUGGGCUAAGAAUCUGAAGCAGAAAGACUUUGAGUUGCUGUGCCCCGAUGGCAGCAGGAAGCCUGUGACUGAGUUUAAGAGCUGCUACCUGGCCCGAGCUCCAAACCACGUUGUGGUCUCACGGAAAGAGAAGGCAGCCCGCGUCAGCUCAGUGCUGAAUAACCAGCAGACUUUGUUUGGAAAGGGUACAGCUGGCUGCACUAAGGGUUUCUGUUUGUUCUCAUCUGACACCAAGGACCUUCUGUUCAGAGAUGAUACCAAGUGCCUGUUUAAAGUUCCAGAUGGCACCACAUAUGAAAAAUACUUAGGAGAAGACUAUGUCCAAGCUGUUGGUAACAUGAAAAAAUGCUCGACCUCCCGACUCCUGGAAGCCUGCACUUUCCACAGAAGAACCAAAAAAACUACAACUCCCAUCAGGCACCUGGUGUUCCUCACGGCCUGCAGGCGGGAACUCCCCCCCCCCCAUGAACUACCACUCCCGUGGUGCUCAGCGGUGCGGAGUCUACGGCCACGUAGCUUAGGCGGCCCGGGAAGACGGCGCAUCUUCCUCAUGGCUUCUGCGAACACCCGGCGUGUCGGGGAUGGCGCCGGGGGCGCCUUCCAGCCUUACCUCGAUUCCUUGAGGCAGGAGCUGCAGCAGAGGGAUCCGACGUUGCUGUCCGUGGCGGUGGCGGUGCUCGCGGUCCUGCUGACGCUGGUGUUCUGGAAGUUCAUCUGGAGCAGAAAAAGCAGUCAGAGAGCUGUUCUCUUCGUUGGGCUUUGUGACUCUGGGAAAACGUUGCUGUUUGUCAGGUUGCUAACUGGCCACUACAGAGACACACAGACUUCCAUAACUGAUAGUUCUGCUGCAUACAAAGUCAACAAUAACAGGGGCAAUAGCCUGACUUUGAUCGACCUCCCUGGGCACGAGAGCUUGAGGCUUCAGUUCUUAGAUCGCUUUAAGUCUUCAGCCAGGGCUGUGGUGUUCGUGGUGGAUAGUGCAACGUUCCAGCGGGAGGUGAAAGAUGUGGCCGAGUUUCUGUAUCAAGUCCUCAUCGACAGCAUGGGUCUGAAGAACUCACCAUCCUUCUUAAUAGCCUGCAAUAAGCAAGAUAUUGCAAUGGCAAAAUCAGCAAAGUUAAUUCAGCAGCAGCUUGAAAAGGAACUAAACACCUUACGAGUCACCCGGUCGGCUGCUCCCAGCACACUGGACAGUUCCAGUACUGCACCUGCUCAGCUGGGAAAGAAAGGCAAAGAGUUUGAAUUCUCCCAGCUGCCCCUCAAAGUGGAGUUCCUGGAAUGCAGUGCCAAGGGUGGACGUGGGGAUGCUGGCUCUGCUGACAUCCAGGACUUGGAGAAGUGGCUGGCCAAGAUCGCCUGAGGGGCAGCCCUGGCUGCAAACCUUGGUCAGCUGUGACUGACUGGCAGCUGGGGAAGGGCUGUGGUUGUGUGGAGCCGAUAAAGAGGGAGCAAGAUGUGUCUGCAGC